UUGGGGUUUUGCACUGUUUGGAAUGAAGAAGAGCCAUGGGUAAUAGUUCUAGCAAAGUAGGUUUAAUGUCCGAGCCACCCACCAAGCGUGGGUAUUUUAGAUUUAUGAAAGUAAAAUCCAACAAAAACAAGGACUUUGAUAAAGAGUUCUGCAAGUAUCAAAAACAAUCUCACCUGCGGAGUGGAUGCAGCAAUGAGAGAAGUAAGAAACCUGAGACUAGAAACAAAAACACAAACAAAUGUGAAGAAAAGUUUCGGACAAGGUUUGAUCCCCGGAUCACUGCAAGGUACGACAUCAAGGCUCUGAUUGGUCGGGGAAGCUUCAGCCAUGUGGUGCGUGUUGAGCACAGGUACACACACCAGCCCUUUGCUAUCAAACUCCUGGAGGUCAGAGAGCACAAGGGUCGUGAUUCAUGUCAAGUCGAGCUUGGGAUUCUGCGAAGAGUCCACCAUGCUAAUAUCAUCCGUCUGGUGGAGGUGUUUGAAACUCCUCACCGUGUUUAUCUUGUCCUCGAGCUGGCCACAGGAGGAGAGCUACUGGAUCGUGUACUUUCUCGAGGCUCCUUCACAGAGCGUGAUGCCACCAAAGCUCUAAUUAUGGUGUCCAGAGGAUUAAGCUACAUCCAUGCACUGGGGGUCAUUCACCGGGACUUGAAACCAGAAAACUUGCUGUACUACCAUCCAGGGCAGGACUCACGCCUAAUCAUAACUGACUUUGGCCUGGCCUGCUGGAGUCGGAAAAGCCAGAUGGUGGACCAUGAUGAUGUGGUAACAGGGGGCAGUUGUGUAGCUGGAACUGGUGAAGAUAUUGCCGGUUGUGCUCGGUCAGACAGGGAAGAUGAUGGGGGUGCUGAUGAUGCCGAUAGUUGUGAUAUUAUAGACAGGAAGGCUAAAGGUGCUGACGAUAAUUGCAGAUUAGUAGAUGAUGGGAAAGCCAGAGAUGAGAGCAGCCAGAGGACAGUUGUAGCCAUUAGAGGAGAUGGGAGAAAAGAUACGAAUUGGAUCAGCACAGGAGAUGAAAGGGAAAUAGAUAAAAGCUUGAGAUUUGAAGGAAUGGAAAGGGGCAGUGAUGGAGUGGUGGAUGAGAUGACCAUUACUCCUAAAUUUUCUGAGGGCACUAAAAGAACUCAAAAUGCCUGCAUAGAGGAAAGCAAGACAGAUGGGUUAGAAGCUUAUAAACACACGAACUUCAAUAUGGCAGAAGGAAAAGAAGUUACUCAGAAUAUACAAAUGCAGUUUUCACAUGACAAACUAAAAGAGAGAAGACAAAAUUAUUGUGUUAAGAGUAGAAGAGACAGAGCUGCUAGAGGCCAUGACAAAUCUACAAAACUUCAUUGCAAAGUAAAGGAAUAUUCCAACAUUAGUUCUGAAGGCCAAAAGUCACAUGACUGGGCACUGAGGACACUAUGUGGUACCCCAGAGUACCUGGCUCCUGAGAUGGUGGCUGGUAGGACAUAUGGCUGUGAAGUGGACAUGUGGGCCUUGGGUGUGAUCUCCUACAUUGUUCUGAGUGGUUCCAUGCCCUUCGAGCAGCGCAGCCGGCCUCGUCUGUUCACGGCCAUACUUAGAGGCAGCUUCAGCUUCCAUGGCCAACCAUGGAGCUCAAUCUCUCACCAGGCCAAAGACUUCAUAGAACGUCUGCUGAGUGUCAACCCCGAGCAACGAAUGACUGCAGAGCAAGCUCUUAAACACCCCUGGCUGCUCAACAUGGCUUCCUGCUCCUCUAACACGAACCUCCAUCGGCCGAUAUCACGAAAUCUCCGUCAGCGGGCUUCACGCAUUUCCAAUUAUAGCUCCAGUUCACACUCUGUCCCUGAGUCACGAUCUGUUGUGACUUCUCGGUCACAAUCACGUCCUGAUUCUAGACAAUUACCUAGCAUCAGAGCUCAGCACAGUGUGGCAGUGUCUGCUUAAAGCUCCUUGGAAAUAGCUCCAUGUAAAUGCAGUGCUCUUCAAGUUACAGUAUGUGUUAAUUUAUAAAUUUUAAGUUCACCUCAUAAUAUACACUUAAGAGCUUAUCAGGGGCUUAGUCAAAUUUAAUUAUCUUGAAUUAAUUAUAAUAGGGAAAAACUGCUACAAAAUACUGUAGAUUAAGCACCUCCAAUUAUAGCUGAUUUAGCAAAAAGCUAUAAACUGAUGAAAGUUAGCAGGUUGUUAAAAGUUUUUGAAUAUAUUCUGUUCAUUAGUGAAUAAAUGCAAAUAGGAUAAAAUAUAGCCUAACUGCAAAUGGUAUAUUAUUUCAUUACUAUGUAUACAAUCUGUGCUGUUGGUUUUCAUGCUCUUUUCUAUUCAUGUUUUUUACUU